AUGGCAGAUGUGAAUUUUGAGGUUCGGGUUCUAGUAGGGGGCGCUGGAGGCAUGGAGAAGGGAGGGAGUGUUGGUGGUGAGGCAGAGGAAGAGGAGGAAGGGGGAGAGGAGGAGGAGGAGGAGGAGGAGGAGGAGGAGGAGGAGGAGGAGGAGGAGGAGGAGGAGGAGGAGGAGGAGGAGGGGAGGGGGGAGGAGGAGGAGAAGGAGAAGAAGGAGGGGACCGAGCUGGUGGUGUCCGCUGGAGGCAAGGAGGUGGCGGUACGAGUGGCAGAAGCAAACAACCUGAGCGAGGAGGAGAGAGAGGAGGCCGUGCUAUACCACUGCUAUAGAGGCAUGCUCACCAACAGCACUCAAAUACACCUUGUACCCGAUACAGGCAUAUGGCUAGUCAACUGGGUUCCCAAGCACGUUGCCACAAACACAGGCCCGAGUAGGGUUGUCAAUCUUCUGUCAUCAGAUGAUGAGCUCUUUCCCGUCAAGAAGCCCUUACUACGACCAUGCCUUGCUCUCACCAAAGCAGUGCAAGACACUGGCUCAGAACCCCCAACAGUGCAACUAGCAAUCGACUGUCUGCUGCUGGACCGAGUGCUGCUGUUCCUCGAGGAAGAUUUCAAGGGGCAAGGGGGAGACUUUCAGUUUGACAUCAAUCUCAUUCAAGACCUGAGGGAAGCAGCAAGUGCCUUGGGGCUGAAAAGUCUCCAAGAUCUCUGCGACCAACGGCAGGGGCUCUUUGAAUCGCGCAUCCGUGAGUACACCUUUGCUGAGGUGGUGGAGCGCAAUGUGGGCGGCAACUGUUGGCUGCUUCUGGAUGGCAUGGUGCUGGAUGUAACGAGAUGGUUACCAGAGCACCCAGGAGGGGAUACAAUCAUUCCAAAUCAGGGGCUCAAUCGGGACUGCACUGUCUUCUUUGAGCUGUACCAUUCGUCAAGAGAGUCGUUCCUUUACCUGAGGCAUUUUUACAUGGGCGAGCUGAAAGAGGAGGAUAGGGUUAAGUUGGCGGAGAAAGAAGACCAACAACCAUCUGCAGAGUUCAUGCAGCAAUUAUGGGAGAUCUCAGAUCUGGUGCCAAUAACGAUGGCCGUCACAUCCGUCCACCGUAUUCUGUCGCGGAACCGAGCGACAGGAAGCGCGCUCGGCGCGCUCUUCCGAUCCGUCGAAUCCGGAUCGCAAGCUGGCGCAACCGCGCCGGCCACGUCACCAAAUGGCGCCGCCGCGCUAGCCAGCCGCCACGUCAGCACGUGCGAUCUCGCGGGGUUUGCGGGAGGUCGUGAUGUGGACGCGGUGCUAAGCGGCGCGGUGUCUCCUUUCAGAAGCUCCGUGACUUGCGCCGCUGCGUGGUCGACGUCGUUUCGCGGCAUUGUUCCGUCUGUUCCGGCGGGAGACGCGGCGGCGAUCGCGGCGCAGUGCAGGCGUGGAUACGCAACCUUCUCCCGAUCCAAGCCGCAUCUGAACAUCGGCACCAUCGGCCAUGUGGAUCACGGCAAGACCACCCUCACUGCCGCCAUCACCAAGGUACUGGCAGACGAAGGCAAGGCCAAGGCAAUCGCGUUCGAUGAGAUUGACAAGGCGCCUGAGGAGAAGGCCCGUGGCAUCACCAUCGCCACUGCCCACGUGGAGUAUGAGACGGAGAAGCGCCACUAUGCACACGUGGACUGCCCAGGCCACGCGGACUAUGUGAAGAACAUGAUCACAGGCGCUGCUCAGAUGGACGGUGGGAUUCUCGUGGUGUCGGCCCCUGAUGGCCCCAUGCCACAGACGCGCGAACACAUCCUGCUCGCCAGACAGGUGGGAGUGCCAUCGCUGGUGUGUUUCCUGAACAAGGUGGACAUGGUGGAUGAUGAGGAGCUGCUGGAGCUGGUCGAAAUGGAGCUCAGGGGCACACAAAGCCCCUUCCUCAUCAAGUUCCCUCUCUCCCUCCAUCCCUCUCCCCCCGUCCCUCUCCCCCCGUCCCUCUCCCCCCGUCCCUCCCCCCUCUGCUCUUCCCCUUCCCUCCCUUCCCUCCAGAGCUGCUCUCCUUCUACAAAGCUGCUCUCCUUUUACAAGUUCCCGGGGGACGACAUCCCAAUUGUGCGAGGGUCGGCACUGGCAGCACUGCAGGGCACUAAUGAGGAGAUCGGCAAGAAGGCGGUGCUGAAGCUCAUGGAAGCGGUUGACGAGUACAUUCCAGAGCCGCAGCGAUCACUGGAUAAGCCCUUCCUCAUGCCCAUUGAAGACGUGUUCUCCAUCCAGGGCCGAGGCACAGUGGUGACGGGGCGGGUGGAGCAGGGGAUCAUUAAAGUGGGCGAUGAAAUUGAGAUCGUGGGCAUGAAGGCGGGCAAUCCCACCAAGACGAUAGUGACGGGUGUGGAGAUGUUCAAAAAGAUCCUCGACCAGGGGCAGGCAGGAGACAACGUGGGGCUGCUGAUGAGAGGGUUGAAGCGCGAAGAUGUGCAGAGGGGCCAAGUAGCCUGCAAGCCCGGAUCCAUCAAAACGUCGCAGAAGUUUCAGGCGGAGAUCUACGUGCUCACCAAGGAGGAGGGCGGACGCCACACUGCCUUCUUCUCCAACUACCGCCCGCAGUGCUACCUGCGCACCGCCGAUGUGACAGGGAAGGUGGUGCUGCCCGAUGAAGUCAAGAUGGUCAUGCCAGGGGAUAACGUCACGGCAACGUUUGAGCUGCUGUCUCCUGUGGCUAUCGAAGCAGGCCAGCGCUUUGCCCUGAGGGAGGGUGGUCGCACUGUGGGUGCUGGUGUGGUGGCUAAACUGCUGGACUGA